AUGCUUCUACCAAGUGUAAAUAUCACUCUGAUUUUGACUGGUUAUGGACCUCCUGGUGCACUAAAUUAUGGAGUUUUUGUGCUUUGUCUUGUCGUCUACAUCACAACAGUUUGUGCAAAUGUGACAUUGAUGCUAGUGAUCUAUAUAGACACAACUCUCCAUAAACCCAUGUACAUAUUUUUAUUCAACCUGGCUAUUAAUGGACUGAUCGGAUCAUCCGCUGUAAUUCCUAAAAUAAUGUCGAAUCUUCUUGCCGAUAUGAAAUAUUUACUAUAUUUGGACUGCAUCUUGCAAGUAUUUUCAGUUAAUAUUUAUGGAACGUGUGCUUAUGCUAUAUUGACCCUUAUGGCAUAUGACAGAUAUGUUUCAAUUUGUAAGCCUUUACAAUAUCAUAACAUCAUGACACCAGGUAAAAUUAAACAGCUGCUUUUAAUGGCGUACUUUCUAGCGAUCGGCUCUCAAGCUGUACAGGUGUAUAUCACGUCAAGAUUGCCUAUGUGCAGGUAUACAAUUAACAAGUUGUUUUGUGACAAUUUGGCAGUUGUUAAUCUCGCCUGUGUUAAAAGUACACUAGGGGACAUCUAUGGCAUAUGUCUGGUAUUUGUUUUUGUUGUUUUACCUUUGAUCUGUGUCAUCUUAUCCUAUGUCAAAAUAUUGUGUGUGUCUUUGAAAGCAUCAGUAAGUGCCCAGACGAAAGCUUUACAAACAUGCACACCGCAUUUGAUUACUUUUAUCAACUUUUCAUCUGCCACACUAUUUUCUGUGAUAUAUAAUCGCUUUAAUUUCUAUCUUUCAAAAGAAGUCAAUGUGUUUAUGUCAGUUCAUUUUAUCCUCAUCCCUCCACUUCUACACCCACUUAUUUAUGGGAUAAGAACAAAAGAGAUCAGUAAUAGUCUCACGAAAUUUUUGCACAAGAAAAUAUUUGCUAUUGAUGUCAAGUUAAGGAAGGAACAUAAGGACUGUUGUAACAAUUCAGUGUUUAUUUGUGGUAAAAAAAUGUCUGUAUGA